CCAGAGACAAAUGGCUUCCAGAUCAGAGAAGGAUCUCUGCUGUCCGAUCUGUCAUGAUGUCUUUAGAGAUCCUGUUGUUCUGUCAUGUAGCCACAGCUUCUGUAAAGACUGUCUGAAGAGCUGGUGGACCGAGAAACCAACACAGGAGUGUCCAGUUUGUAAGAAAAGAUCUUUGUAUGAACCAACUUGUAACCUAGUGUUAAAAAACCUGUGUGAGAGUUUCUUACUGGAGAGAGAUCAGAGAGCUUCAGAUACUCUCUGCAGUCUGCACUCUGAGAAACUCAAACUCUUCUGUCUGGACCAUCAGCAGCCAGUUUGUGUCGUCUGCAGAGAUUCAGAAAAACACUCCAGUCACAGAUUCAGACCCAUCGGUAAAGCUGCAAAACGCAAGAAGAAACUUCAGGAAACUCUGGAGUCCUUAAAGGAGAAGUUAAAGGUUUUUGAACAAGUUAAAGUGAAGUUUGAUCAAACAGCAAAACACAUGAAGGUUCAGGCCCGACGCACAGAGACGCAGAUUAAGGAUCAGUUUAAGAAGCUUCACCAGUUUCUAGAAGAGGAAGAGGAGGCCAGGAUGGCUGCACUGAGGGAGGAAGAGGAGCAAAAGAGUCAGAGGAUGAAGGAGAAGAUGGAGGCUCUGAGCAGAGAGAUAGCAGCUCUUUCAGACACAGUCAGAGCCACAGAGGAUCAGCUGAGAGCUGAAGACGUCUCAUUCCUGAUCAACUACAAGGCUGCAGUGGGAAGAGUCCAGCAGAGCCCCCUGCUGGAGGAUCCACAGCUGCUCUCAGGAGCUCUGAUAGACGAGGCCAAACACCUGGGCAACCUGAGCUUCAACAUCUGGAACAAGAUGAAGGACAUGGUCUCCUACACUCCUCUGGUUCUGGACCCAAACACUGCACAUCCAAGACUCAUCCUGUCUGAAGAUCUGACCAGUGUGAGACGAGGAGAGAAACAGCAGCUUCCUGAUAAUCCAGAGAGGAUUGGUGGUCAUUACCCCAUUGUCCUGUGCUCUGAGGGCUUUAACUCAGGGACUCACAGCUGGGAUGUUGAGGUUGGAGACAGUAGUUUCUGGUUUCUGGGUGUGUUAGCAGAGUCUGUCCUGAGGAAGGGAGACAUAGACUCUGGAUCAUGGAGCAUAUACCUUGAUACAGGUAUAUACAGAACAUGGUCACCACAACGCUCAAGCCCUGAUCUCUUUGUGCAGAAGAAGCUCCAGAGGAUCCGAGAGACUCUGGACUGGAACAGAGGAAAGCUGUCGUUCUCUGAUCCUGAUACUAACACACACAUACACACCUUCACACACACUUUCACUGAGAGGAUGUUUCCAUACAUUGACACUUGGAAUAAAGUCCCAAUGAAGAUAUUACCACUGCAGGUCUGUGUGACUGUACAACAAGAAUAGAUUAUUUUCGGGGUUUAUCUAAAAAGAUUAAACAGAUAAAAUCAGUAAAUUUGGACCAGAAAUCACUUUAUGAUUGACAGCAGCUUCAAAUGGGUUUUGGUGGUGGUGGUGGUGGGGGGGGCUUCCCUUUUGAUUAUAAAUUAUAUCUUUAAAGUGAUGUUUCUGCUGGAAAAAUGCAGUUGGAGUAUUGGCCGUAGCCGGAGGUAACUCCACUAAGGAGGCAAUCAAAGAUUAUCAACUAAAAGCAAGAAGCUUCACUAUGUUGGUGAUGAUGUCCCGUGGAAGGAACCUGACUGUUCUUUUUUGUUUGAGGUUUCUGUAGGGAAUCUCAAAGAGAAUGGUUGGGAUUUAGAGAGGAAAAGGAUCUAUUGAAAUUUAAAUUGUGGGGUUUGUUUGGGCUGGAUUGUACAAUACACUGUAUUGAACUGAAAUUACUUGUGUAUGUGGGUUUAUUGUGUCUGCUGAAACCUUACGAGUUACUCUGGUUGUUAGUAGGGGCUAAAUGAAAAUAGUCCUGUGUAUUUUUGACCUCUUCUUAAAGUUUCCCUCUGACUGUCACCCCGGCAAGGUCAAACCGUUACAAACUUCAACACAGAUUAUUAUUAUAAUAACUCUGUUUAUUCCAGAUUAUUGAUUGUUGUUGGUGAAAGUUAAUCUUACAGAAGGUUCUUUAGUUCAUGUUGUCAUUUAGGUAACACGUUAUAAUAAUCAUAUCAAAAAGAAAGGAUUACUGAUUAUUUGUUGACUAAUAUCUAAAUAAUGUUUAUAAAUGCUUUACAAAGUAUUCAUUAACCAUUAACAAAGAAGUAUAAUUAUUGACUUUAUAAUAACUUUCCAGAUGUUUCUUAAAGGUUUAAUCAUUAAUAAAUCAUUCAUACUGCAUCAGUACAGAUAUACUAUCUUCACUAAAGCAUCAAAAGUAGUCUUUCGCACCUAAGGAAUGAAAAAAUGAUAGCGUUGCUUGGACACCUUUUUUUCACUAACUGAUUGCUAGUGAGUGUUUAAUGUCAAAUAAACAGCUGACUAACUCUAAA